AUGGACGGAAAAAUCAUAGAACUGAGAGUAAAGAGAGAUUACAAAGUCGAGGCUAUUAAGAGAAUGAUCCAGGAUAAAGAAGGCAUUCCCUAUCACCAACAAUACCUUGUUUUUAAUGGUUUAAUGCGUGAUCAUGUAUUCUUGUCAUCAUACAAUAUCAAAGAGGGUUCUGUAUUGCGUUUAGAAUAUAAAAAAAUGACAAUCAGUGUCAAUUUGAUGGGCAAAAAAAUAAUAAAGCUAGAAGUAGAAAGAAAUUUCACCAUCGAUCAAGUCAGACAAAUGAUUGAUGAAAAAGAGGACACCUCCUUGCAUCAACUUCAAUUCACUUUUGCUAACAAAAUUCUGCAUCCAGGGUUAAGAUUAAUGUCUUGUGAGGUUACUAACGAGUCCACAUUGCAUCUAUCCUUAUAUAAUCAUUUUAGUGGUCAAAUACAUGUGAAAUCAUUGACUGGAAAGACGAUAACUCUGUCGGUAGAAUCAAAAACAAGCAUUGACGAUCUUAAAUUAAAGAUCCAAGAAAAAGAAGGAAUCCCUCCUGAUCAACAACGUCUUAUUUAUAAUGGCAGGCAACUAGAAGACGGGCGCUGCUUGUCUGAUUAUUAUAUUAUAAGAGAGUCUAUACUCCAUCUUGUACUUAGAUUACGUGGUGGGAUGCUCCAAGAAACCAGUGGUCGACAAGAAUUUGAUGCAUUGCCAUCACUUACACAAUAUAUGCUAACACCUGAAGAACGUCUAAAGAAUGGAAUUCAUACUGGUAUUGUCUGUGAUUAUUGUGGUAAACACGAAUGGAAAGGCGUGAGGUCAAUAUCCACCGAAUUUAAUGAGCUUAAUAAUGUCUACUUCCAUACCAUUGAUAGGUAUAAAUGUUCAGAAUGCCUCGAUUAUGACUUGUGCUUUGAUUGCAUCACGAUGUCCAACCUACUUCAUAAUGUGCAACAUCGUUUUCUGAAACUCACGGAUCCCAUAGAUCCAAAGGCGACUCACAAAGAUAUCUUAUCUGCUUCUGUUACCAUCUUCCCAAUAUUACCUGACACGAAAGAGAAAUUAUUGACUCUGUUACGUGAGGAAGAACGCCGAAGGUUUUCACCUGAAAUGCAAAAAAAGUAUUAUGAAGUUGGUAAUAAUCCUACAUUGGGUAUGGAUUGGAUGGAUGUUACUGAUCAGAUGCAGUAUGAGUUGGUUCGAGAGUUUGGAUACUCAGAUGAGGCAGUGCAAUUAUUGCGACGUGCGCCGCAGCUUUAUCCGAAUGAUCCCGAGUUCCACACAACUCAAGUAUAUGUUCGCAACAAUAUUGCUAAUAUUGGAAAUCUCGUUGAAGGAAUGCCGGCGCCUGAUUGUCCAUUAGUUCCUCUCAACCCUUUAAUGUUUAAAAUAGUGGUUGUUAAUGGUAACACCAAUUUAUCUAAUAUAGUUUCACUACGUUCACUUUGUAAAUCAGGAAGACCUCUUGUUCUUCUCGGUGGAUCCUAUACUUGUCCCUUAUAUCGAUACAUAUCUCACGUACUUAAUGAUAUAUAUACACGAUAUAAAGCGCAAGUGGAUUUUUAUUUGAUACAAAUUCGAGAAUCUCAUGCUUCCGAUGUUUGGCCUAUUGGUAACAUUGUUGAUGUCAAAGAGCAUCGCACAUUAUCUGAUCGUCUGGCCGCUGCACAUGAGAUGGUCGAAAAAACCCAGUUGGAAAUUCCAGUGCUAGCAGAUACAAUGAAUGAUAGUUUCUUAAAUUUGUAUUCGCCAUGGCCAUUCCG